AUGGCGAAAGAGGUGUUGAAAAAGCAUGAUUUAGCAUUUACAAAUAGGCCUAAUCUUUUAGUAGGUACCAUCAUGACCUACGACAAACUAGAUAUCGUCUUUUCUUCCUAUGGUGAUUAUUGGCGACAAAUGCGUAAAAUUUGCAUCUUAGAACUCUUGAGUGCCAAAAAUGUCCGCUCAUUUUGUUCCAUUCGGGAGAAUGGGGUCUUGCAUCUCAUAAAAUCGAUCAAAAUGUCCUCAAGAUCACUUAUCAAUCUUACAGAAAAGGUUUUCACAUUGAUGAAUGCCAUAACUUCAAGAACAACAUUUGGAAGGAGAUUCAAACAAGAAGAUGAACUGAUACACUUAGUAAAGGAGUCAGUUUCAUUGGGAAGUGAUUUUAAUGUGUCAAAUUUGUUUUCUUCUCUCAAAUUUCUUCAUGUUCUUAGUGGAAUGAAGCUUAAAUUGGGAAAUGGUGAAUCAAGGGAAGAAGAUAUUGUUGAUAUGCUACUUAGACUUAUGGAGAUGGGUGACCUUGAGUUUCAUAUUGCAACCAACAAUAUUAAAGUUGUCAUUCUGCAAGCUGAGAACGCAGCGGCUUUGGAGGAGAAGGAUCGUGGAAGCGGCAGAGAGCACAAUCUGGAAGAUCCAGUGAGGCCCCAACUAAGGAAGUCAGAAAUGAGAGGAAAUGAGAUGAAGAGUAAAGAUUCACAAUGA